AUGGACUUGACAGUACCACCGGAAUUAGAAGAACUAAUAUCAUGUAGCUGCUGUCAUUUGCCAUUUAAUGAUACUGAUGCAGUACCAAAAUUAUUUUCAUGUCGUCAUUAUUUUUGUUUAAAAUGUGUCAAUUCGAUUUUACUUAAAGGUAAUGAACUGUAUUGCGUUCAUUGUUGGAAACGUACUGAAUUACCUGGUCCAGAUAUGAAAUCAGAUAAUUUGCCAACACAUAAUGCAAUUUUAUAUUUGUCUCAAAAUUUAAGUAUGUUAAACACAUCAUCCUCAUCAACAACUUCAUUAACAUUGUCAUCGAAAUCAAAGCCUCCUGAUAAGAGUGGCAGUAACAGUAACGGUAGUACUGGUGGUGCGGCAUCAAGUAUCAUUUCAAAUACCACAAAUCAAACGUCUGCUACAUCAACAUCCGGCAGCGGCGUUGCUUGUGGCAAUUCUAUUACAAAUACUAAUACAAGCUUAUCGUCCAGUAAUACAACUACAAAUGUUGUUAGUAGUGCAACGAUUGCUGUUGUUAAUAGUAAUAAGAUAAAAAAGGGUGAAAACUGUUUAACACAUGCUAUGCCGAAUACUUUAUGGUGUACAAAAUGUGUAACAAUGAUAUGUAGAGCAUGUGCAACAUCAGAAGACCAUCGAAGUCAUAGUGUGAAAUCAUCAAACGAAGCAAAAGAAAAUAUUCAUAAUGACAUUGCAAAUGAAAUACUUUUGAUGCAAAAAACUCUAAAUGAGGUACAGCAUUUGGUAUUGAAGCAACGUGAUUUUCUAUUGAAAAUUUUAGAAUCUUGUACAGCAUUGAAAACACAAAUUGAAACUGAAUUAAUCAAUCAUUUGCCUACAUUGGAAAUAGCGGAUAUGCGUGAAAGUUUAGGUAAAGCAAAAUUAUGUUUAGAUAUGAUUGAAACUCAAUCACCUCUGGAUGCUUUAAAAUUGUAUACAACAUUGAAUAUUGAAAAGCAACGAUUACAAACGAAAUUUCAAGAAAUGUAUUUACAGUGCAAAUUAGAUGAUUUAAUACGAAAUUACGAUAUGCUAUUCAAUUUUGAGUUAAUUAAACAAGCGUUGACUGCUCUACAUACAAAUGGUGAUGCUUAUAACGCAGCUAUAAGUAAUGGUGUUGGCCACAACAAUCCAAUACUCUUAUUGGCUAAUUAUUGCAUCUCACAGUUAUAUUCAAGACACGUUUUAUCCAACAAGCAUCAGCAAUUAUUAAGCAACAGCAAUAAUAAUAAUUAUCAUGCUCAUGCGCAUCAACUAUUACAUCAACAGCAGCAAAUGCAUCACCAUCAACAACAGCAGCAUCAACAACAAAAUCAAUCUCAGACACAAGGCCCACCACAUCACGAUAAUUUAGUAACAACAGUAAAAACAUAUGCAGAUAUUACAACAAGUUCACCAAAAUCGAACCAUAUUCACCAUCCACAUAACCAAUCUUCAACUCAACUUCAUUCAGCAAAUAGCAGUAACAGUUCCAUUGUUGGUACAAUUGGUGCACCACCCUCUGCUGUCAAUCGUCAAUCUCCAUCAUCGCAACAAGCACAACAAACACAACAACAAACGGCAUCAUAUAUUGCUACCGAAUUAAAUGGUUUAACAGUUCCUGCACUCACUAUAAUGCAACAUCAUUUACAUCAGCAGCAACAACAACAACAGCAGCAACAUAAUUCAAAUCAGUUACAGAAAUCAUCACAGCAGCAACAGCAACCAACCACAACCGCUGCAGUUGUAGCAGCAGCAGCCGCAGCCGCUGCUGCGGCAAAUAAUCUUUUAUGUAAUCCGAGUGUUCACGUUUACCCGAUAUAUUACUUUAAUAUUGAAAUGAAUGGUCAACCUUGUGGAAGAAUUUUAAUUGAAGUUCGUAAUGAUGUUGCACCAAAAAUGGCAAAAAAUUUUGGUGCUUUAACCACUGGUGAAUUAGGUUUUGGUUAUAAAGGCUGCCAAAUUUUUCAAUGUUGGGAAAAUGAAAGUAUUAUUACUGGUGAUUUUGAAUUAAAUAACGGUCGUGGUGGUCGCUCUGUAUUCGAAGAUAGUUUCUUUAUGCCUGAUGAUACGAAAAUUUUAGCUAUACGUGGUUCAGUAGGUAUGCGUCGUAGUCAAAAACGUCAUGAUAAUUUAGGUUUAGUUGGAUCUCAGUUUCGUAUUAUAUUACGUGAAAUGCGUGGUUUUACUGGUAUUUUUGCUUUCGUUGUUGAAGGUUUAGAUUUAGUAGAAAAAAUUAGUCAAGCUGGGGAUUCAGCUGGUAAGCCACAAAGUACCGUUGUGAUUGUUAAUUGCGGAAAAUAUCAAAUAUAGAAAAAAUGUUUGAAAUUUAGUGAACGAAUUCACGUUUUUAAUUUUUUUCUCAUCUUCGAAAAAUAUUUUUAAUAUUGAUAAAUAAUGAAACAGUAAAUAUUCUAAUGAAUGCAGUUAAAAACUAAAAAACUUUAAAUUAAGAAUUUGUACAAUUAAAAAAAUGUAUACAU